UCUACAGUGUCUCUUCAGCAUCCCCAAAUGAAACUUGUUGCUCUCUCUCAUCAUUCAUCUAAUUUUCAACCUCAAUUUUCUAACUUCAUCUUGGCUUUGUUCAUGCAAGAUCCAAAGGCCUCCAAUUCAAGGAAGCCAUGGUAUCAAAGAGCAAUGGAAAUAGUGGGAAGAACUCAAUGGAAAACAACUCCAAAAUCCAAAGAAUUCACAAUUCCAACUGCAAAUUCUUCAAAUGGGGCAUUCAAUUCCAAGGGAAAUGAAUUCCCAAGAUCAAUUGGGAAUAACAAUUCCCACAAACAACACAACAAGAUGAGAAAAUGCACUUCUCUCAAGAUUGCAACUUCAUUCACAAGAGUUUGUCUUUGUGCACCAAUUUCUUCUUACAAUGAAAUUUUCCAAGCUGAGAUUAACCCGCCCAGGCGAAGCCAUAGCUAUCCAAGAUCCUCCAAGCCCUUUCCGACCCAUAACAACAUCGCACAAGAAAGAGUUUCGAAUUUUUCGAGCGCGCGAGCUAGCGGUGGGGGAAUUAGUAGCCGAAGGUUCUUUCGGGGAAAGUCGCUCACCGACGACGUUUUGAUGCGGAGAUUCGUCCUCGAAGAAGAGGCGAUGAUGCAUGUGAGGAGGAGGAACCAAAUGGAAGUUAUAAGGAAGAGGAGUUUGAUGAGAAGAAGGAAGAAGCUUGGACCAAGCCCUCUUAGCAAAAUGGUGAUAGCUGAGGAAGAACAAUGAAUUAAAAUAAUGAAUACACAUACAUAAUAUAAUAGCUUUCAAGUUGUUUUGAUUAAUUAGUUCUCUCUUUUUUCUCUUUUGUUGCAAAAUUUUGCUUGUAAUGGCUUUUGUGGAAUGAGGUUGUAUGCACCAAUUAUGUGCAAGUUUUGCUAUUAUAAUUUUUUUGGGUUAAAUUAGAA